AUGUAUGAAGUAAAUUCAGAUAAAUUUUAAACAAAUUUAUAUGAUAAUAUCUAAUAGAAAUUUAGAAUAAAUACAAGUAUGCAAAAAGUUAUUGAUUAAAAGCAAUUCAAUCCUGUUUAUUAGGAUGAAAACUCUAACAAUCAUCAAGAAGAGAGUGCAGUUUAAAUAGAAAAUUUAAAUAUUAGCAUGAAUGAGGAUAAAAUUAGUCCAGAAAACGAUAGAUUCCCAUAUUGUAUUGUUUGGACUGCAUUACCUUUUAUAACAUGGAUCAUUCCUAUUAUUGGACACACAGGAAUAGCACUAUCUAAUGGAGUGAUUCAUGAUUUCGCAGGCCCUUACUAUAUAUCAGUUGAUAACUUUGCAUUUGGAAAACCAUUAAAGUAUGUGAAGAUAAAGCAUGACAAUAUUACUAAAGAAAAAUAUGAUAACGCGAUUAUUAAGGCAGAUAACAAAUUUUGCUAAAUGAUGCAUAAUCUCUUUUGUAACAACUGCCAUAGUCAUGUUGCAGAUGCAUUGAAUAAUAUGGGUUACUUAGGUAAAACUAAUUGGAAUAUGGUCUCUGUUUGGUUUAUUUGUCUUUGGUCUAGUUAAUAUGUUAGUUGGUGGAAACUUAUCCAAACUUACCUUCCUUUAACAAUCAUUCUCCUCGUUGCUUCCCUUUUAGGAUUCUUCAGCUGA